AUGCCCGCUGUUGGCGACCAGCACCGCGGUGGCCCAGCAUGUGUCACGAUGCCAAACUCGACAGGAAACAUAUCCAGUAAUCCGUUUGAAGAGCCUCAGCGACGAAUCAGCGAAUAUACAGCACAAGAAAUCGCCACGUUACAAGCACGCCUUGAUAAGAAACUAGGCCCCGAGUACAUCUCCUCGCGGCCUGGUGCUGCAGGUCAAAAAGUGCACUAUCUCUCCGCGGAUAAGUGUAUCAAUCUUGCAAAUGAGGUCUUCGGCUUCAAUGGCUGGUCCAGUUCGAUACAGAAUAUUCAGAUUGACUUCGUGGAAGAGAGUCAACAUACUGGAAAGAUUAGUUUGGGCUUAUCAGUCAUUGUGAGGGUGACUUUGAAAGAUGGAACUUUUCACGAAGACAUCGGUUAUGGUCAUAUUGAAAAUUGCAAGGGGAAAGCCGCGGCUUUCGAAAAGGCUAAAAAAGAAGGAACCACCGAUGCUCUUAAACGUGCACUGAGAAACUUCGGAAAUGUGCUGGGUAACUGCAUCUACGACAAGGAUUAUGUGUCAAAGGUUACCAAAGUGAAGGCCGCCCCUGCCAGAUGGGACGUCGACGAGCUACACCGGCAUCCUGACUUCGCCCCAAUAAAGAAGGAGCCCAUCAGACCAAAGAUCGUUCCAGAGGACGAUGACCUUCCACCACGCCCAGCAACAAUCGUGAAGAACAGCAGUGCGAUUAAUACUGCUGCAUUGGAUGGUGAUGGAGAGUUUGGAAGCGAUCUAUUUGACGAAGCUGAUUUCGGGGUCGCUGCCACCGGAAACCCAGAUGAGGUAGUACUUGAGCCGGAGACUCGGCCAAGGCCGCAGCCACCGACACCGGUGAAUGUUCAACCUUUCAGCCGGGGUGCCCAGGGCAACCUUGCUCGUCCAAACCCAGCAGUUGUGACCCCUUCGAAACCAGAAAGGCCUUCAUACACCAAUAGACAAUCCUCCGUGCCACCUGCCAUCAAUGGAAGGCCAAAUCCUCCCGCACAACAAGAUCAAUGUGCAGGUCAGAGGCGGCAUCUUCCUCAAGGGCCACAGCAGAAUUUCCAAAACGCCCGGGUGGUGCCAGCAGUUCAGUCAAAAACCAGUCAAGAUUCAGCAUUAUCUAAUACAACUGCUCAAGUGCCCAUCAAGCGUGAGAUGGAUACCAGAAUUCAGGACACAGCUCCUCCAGCCAGUUCGCCAUCUAUUCCACCUGCUUCAUUCUUCUCAGCGCGUGCGGUAGACCUGCUGCGGGAGAAUCCGCAUACUGCCGUGACCGCUCCUCAAUUCGACCCCCAUGCUGAAAGCCCGUCUAUCCGUAAGACAGCUGGUGUUGAUCAUAGCAAGAGCGUCCCCAUCUCAAGACCAAUGCUGGCAGGUGCAUCACCUGCUGCAAACAACACGCGCGAUUUCAUUAACCCUUCCAUGGACAUGCAUCGGAAGAUCGGCGCUCCAGGCGUUGGUCCCGGCAGUCCGAUGAUGAAUCGAAGCCAAACAACCUCAUCAUACCGUCCCCUGACGCGGCAGAAUAUAGACCCCAAACAAGCAGUCAACGGCGCCGUCGCGAGUCGGGGCGCCUUCGGUCCCCCUAAUACGAAUGGGAAGCGGCCUCCCUUAAACGACGUGACGAAUGCAACUGCUUCUGGAGGCAGCGGGCCUGUCUCCGUGGCUAGUGCUAAUGAUCCCAAGAGGCCCAGGAUUGACGGGAAUCCCGCACCGUCCGCACCGCCGCAACAGCAGCAACAAUAG